CCUUCCUUUUUCUCUCUUCAACUUCUCUCUCCUCGCUCUCUGUAGGGUUCACCAUUUCCAAAUCCAAAUCGCAAAACAAACAUAAAUCCCACCCAUUUCCCCCCCCAAAACGGAAAAACCCUUCAAAGAAAUCAGAAAAGCCUCUUAACAAAAUACAGUGACCAGAAAAGCAACGGUUUUUUAUUUUCACUUUUUUUGGGGGGGCGGAUCCGUGAAAUGGCGUCGUUGCUGGCGGCGAGCGGCGGCGACACCGUGAAGCUGUUCGACUGCUCCGUGAAGCCCGGCGACCCUUGCACCCUCAGCUACAUCCCUUCUCCCGGUUCACAAGUCAAUUCUGUGAAGUGGAACCACACCAAUUUGGUUGUGGCAAGUGCUGGGGAUGAUAAGAAGAUCUCGUUGUGGAGGAAGAAUGGGCAAAGCAUGGGGACCAUUCCCAUUUCUGGCACUGAUAGUGGAGAUAACAUUGAGGAGUCUAUAUCGGCUAUCUGCUUCAGUAAUAAGGCAUCCAGAUAUAUUUGUUCUGGAGGAAGUGGCCAAGUUGUAAGGAUAUGGGAUCUGCAAAAGAAACGCUGUAUCAAAUGGCUGCGGGGUCAUACUAAUGCUAUCACAGGUGUAAUGUACAACUGUAAAGAUGAACAUUUGGCUUCUAUCAGCCUUAGUGGGGACCUUAUACUUCAUAACCUUGCCUCUGGGGCAAGGGCUGCUGAACUCAAAGAUCCCGAUCAACAGAUGUUGAGAGUUCUUGAUUAUUCACGAGUUAGUCGUCACCUUCUAGUCACGGCUGGUGAUGAUGGGACAGUCCAUUUGUGGGAUACUACUGGUCGUAGCCCUAAGGUUUCGUGGAUGAAGCAGCAUUCUGCUCCAACUGCUGGUAUUAGCUUCUCUCCAUCCAACGACAAGAUCUUUGCUAGUGUGGGUCUUGACAAAAAGUUAUAUACUUAUGACUCCAGUUCUAGAAAACCCUCAUCUUGCAUUUCCCAUGAAGCACCUUUCUCCUCAUUGGCCUAUAGAGAUGAUGGUUGGAUGCUGGCUGCUGGAACUAGCAAUGGCCGAGUGGCAUUCUAUGACGUUCGUGGAAAACCACAACCUUUUGUUGUUCUUCAUGCUUAUGGUAGUUCAGAGGCUGUGACAAGCUUGUGCUGGCAAAGGUCAAAACCAGUUAUUGUUAAUGAAAAUUGCUCUGCUGAGACUGCUCUUGUGGGAGAUGCAGUUGAAGAUUCAAUCCUUAUGCCUGAUCCUUUACCUUCUGCAACUGCGUCGAGUGUUUCUCUGUCAACAUCAGUGUCCAGUACAAGGAAUCCAAGUCGUUUGAGUGCUUCCAUUGACACAUCAUCAUUUACAGCAUCCAGCGGUGGAUUCACAUCAAGCAUACUGAAUUCAUCUACGGCAGAAGAAACACCACUACGAAACCCUUUAUGGCCAGGUGGACACCUGUCAAGGUUGCAAGCUACACGCUCUAGUUAUAACUUCAAGGAUGACAUGGAGGUAUUCUCCCCACUUGUGGAUGUUCAGCCAAUAGCAUCUUCACUAUGGGAUGACAAUGGAUCAAAGAAGGAUGGCCCAUUUGGAGAUAAGAAACCUUCAUCGUCACUGUUUCCAUCGUCCAGUCGAAAAUUUCCAAAUUCAGAGGAAGGAAUUAGUGAUCAUCCAAUAUUAGAUUGGAAAUCUGCCUCAACUGCCAAGCAGGAUAUAACUCAACCUUCCUUUCCACUUGUCGGGUCAACUACUCCUCCAUCUUCAAAGAAUGAAGAUUCAUCUUCUAUCACGCCUCCGGAAGCUUGGGGUGGUGAGAAGUUAUCUGAUAAAUACGCUUUUGUACGUCAGCCUGUCAAUGCUCCAUCUCGUUUGGGGAUGUUGGCUUCUGGUAGUCAAAGUGCAGGGUCAACAUUAUCUUCAUUACAUGAUCCAUCCUCAUCAUCAGCUCUCAGUUCCUAUACAAGUUCAAGCCUAAGUUUUGCCAAUUUACGUGCAAAGGAUGUCUCUACAGGCCAAGAGACUUCACUGGGAUUUUCUGAUAACAUGUUUCCUACUUCUUUGCCUCUGUCCAUCAAUACAAAAUCUAGCCUUGGUCAGGCAAAUAGCGAUUCUCCGAGAAUCCUUGAUUCCCCCAAAAUGUCAUCCUUUACUCGGAGGUUUUCUACGUAUGCAGAAAGAAUAAGCACUACCUCUGCAUUCAGUGAUGGAGUAUCUGGUUCACCCAAGAUUAAGAAAUCGGGUGCAGAAACUAGAGAAGAACUUCUAAAUACCUUGCUGAUGAAGACUGAUAUAUCUGCUCCAACAGAAUCUGGCUCUCUUCCCCUUGCAAAUGGAAUAAGCUCACAACCGAAAGCAUCUCAGUCAGAUGGACAUGCAUCAUCAUUCACACUUCAACUCUUCCAAAGAACUCUUGAAGAAACUCUAGAUUCCUUUCAGAAAUCUAUACACGAGGAUAUGAGAAACCUUCAUAUCGAAAUUUUAAGACAGUUCCAUCUGCAAGAGAUGGAAAUGUCAACCAAGAUGAAUGACAUUCUGGAAAUCCAAGCUGAGUUGAUGAAAGAAGUAAAGUCUCUUCGUAAAGAAAACCAGCAGCUCAGACAAAUGCUAUGAUUGAUGUGAAUACAGUUGAAUCAUUUUUUGUUGUGUUUUUGCUGAUUGCCUUUGUGAUAUUUCUUUUACAAAUUGGCAAUUAUUGUAUGUCUUAUUAUAGGCUUCUUGAUUGUGUAUUAGCUUUUAGAGGGUGGUGUUUGAAUUGCUUGUUACUGGAAGAGAGAGAGGGCUUUCAAUAUAUGUACAGAGAUGAUAAUUUUUCAAAAAUGGAAUGGAAUCUUUGUUGGGCUAUCUAUGGCUUGCAGGCU